CAGCCCCCGAGGGCCGGCGGGCUGAGCGGUGAGCUGGGCGCGCGCAGGGCUCGAAGCCGUCCCGCCGCGCACUUCGCCUCCAGCCAUGGGGUCCGCCGCGCUGGAGAUCCUGGGCCUGGUGCUGUGCCUGGUGGGCUGGGUGGGGCUGAUUUUGGCGUGCGGGCUGCCCAUGUGGCAGGUGACUGCUUUCCUGGACCACAACAUCGUGACGGCGCAGACCACCUGGAAGGGGCUGUGGAUGUCGUGCGUGGUGCAGAGCACCGGGCACAUGCAGUGCAAGGUGUACGAGUCGGUGCUGGCGCUGAGCGCCGAGGUGCAGGCGGCGCGAGCGCUCACCGUGGGCGCCGUGCUGCUGGCGCUCGUCGCUCUCUUCGUGACCCUGGCGGGCGCUCAGUGCACCACCUGCGUGGCCCCCGGGCCGGGCAAGGCGCGCGUGGCCCUCACGGGCGGCGCGCUCUAUGCGCUCUGCGGGCUCCUGGCGCUCGUGCCGCUCUGCUGGUUCGCCAACAUCGUGGUCCGCGAGUUCUACGACCCCGCAGUGCCCGUGUCGCAGAAGUACGAGCUGGGCGCCGCGCUGUACAUAGGCUGGGCGGCCUCGGCGCUGCUCAUGUGCGGCGGCGGUCUCGUGUGCUGCGGCGCCUGGGUCUGCGCUGGCCGCCCCAACUUCAGCUUCCCAGUUAAGUACUCAGCAUCGCGGCGGCCAACGGCCAGCGGCGACUACGAUAAGAAAAACUACGUUUGAGGGCGCCGGACCCCACUCCCCGGGGAGCCAGGCCCGAGAGCCGAAGGACCGGCGCGGGGGAGCCCGCGUGGACGGCGGCGGCCCUGGCUGGAUUGUGCCGCGCACCAGCUCCGCGGAACGCCGAGCUUUGCGCACGGUCGCCGCCCUCGGACCAGUCCCUGCUCGCACCGCAUCCCGUCCUCUCUGACCACUGACCAGCUGGACCCUGAGCCGCACCCUGCCCUGAACAGACGAUGGGCACUUGCGAGGACUUGAUCGGUUUCCUGUUUCUGUGCGCUGCAGUGGCCGCGACGUGGGUGAGACCUGGACUCCGUCAGCCCCCGGGGCAUCACUACCGAUGCCGGUAAUUCCUCCUCUGCCCUUGACCGGUCUUGGAUGCUGUCUUACUUCCCAGCGGCUGCAGAAUUCCUAGGGGCAGGCGGAGAGCCCGGGCUGCUGGAGGGGUGUGCACAGCUGGCCUUAUGGACGCCAUUGGGACUUGAGCACAGUGGGUCACUGGCCCUGGCUGCACUCAGCUCCUCAAGGCGGGGCUUGUGGGCACCGGAGUCCAGGCAUGGGAGGGGGUGUGUGUGUACUGGGGGCGGCGGCCCUGCCCUCCUCCACAGCUUGUGGGGUAGUUAAGAAUUUGCUUAGUAAAUGGUUUGAACGUUC